UGUCAGAUGUCUCCUUAGGACAUGAGUCUUGUUUCUGCUCCAGCGAAGACGGAACUCGACUGUCGGUUUUGUUUUUUCCUCUGGGUACGAGCAGCUGCUUCAGAAUAGAAGCCAUGAGAGUGCUGUGAGCUGACUUGACUAAGAUGAGGUCAUCGGAUUUCAGCCAAUCAUAUCGUACUAAAGGGUGAUACAGGCUUCCGGCCUGAUGCACGACAACACAGUUGCCUUAUAAACAGUGAAGAACGGAGGCUGCUGACUAAAAAGAUACGGUCGCGGUUUCUUGAGCGUCUGUUCCGACCCAAUAAAAUCUGCAGUCACAGCGAUAUGGCAUCUGUUUGCUAACCAGAUCCAUCCUAAACCACUGUUUGUACAAAACACUGAGUGGUGACCUUUCCAACGAAUGACACAGACCCUCAAUAGCAAUGGAAACAGAUUCAGAGGUCAUUCCCAUCUGGCAGAACAAGCCCCAUGGAUCCACACGUAGUGUUGUCAGAAGAAUAGGAUCAACACUCCCGCUUAAACCUCCACAGAGGGCAUGUUUUCAGGAGCUCCCAGGUUUAUCUCUGAGACCUACAGACGGUCCCGUUGUUCCCACAUUGGCAGAUAUAGCAUGGAUUGUAGCAGACGAGGAGGAAACGUACGCCAGAGUGAGGAGUGACGCACGUCCUCUGAAACACGAAUGGCGGCCCACGCCCCUGCUGGUGCUACACAGAAACUCAUCCGUCCCCAACUUCCGUCGUGAGGGCAAGAGGAUGGAGGGACUGAAGAAGCCCGGAGUCACGGCCCUGAAUCGCACCACAGCCCUGCAGGACGAGCUCAGCAGACUACGUGCACAGAUCGCAAAGAUAGUGGCAAAUGAUACGGGCUCCAACCCUCUUACUCCUGAACUCCUCUCUCCUGACGACACAACUAUGAGCUUCUCCAUGGCACCUUUUGAAACAUCGUCCUACCAGCCGGCUGCCAAAGCUGUUGCUUCCUUUGUCAUCAGUGAUGUCACGGAGGAGGAGGAGGAGGAGGAGGAGGAAGAAGAAAUAGCGGAUGAGGAAGAUGAGAAGGAUGUGGUCUCUGUGGUGUCAGAGCUGGUCCCUGACCCUCUACCACCUGUUUCCAUGACAGCAUCAGCAACCUUUGACCUGGACAGACCCAGCAUGGACUUCAGGGAGGCUGAGGAGGACACGGUGUCGUUGUCCAAGUCCACGAGCUUCGCUGACGUUAUGGACAUACUGAAGGAUAUGAACAGGAUGAAGAUGAGCAAAGACAGAUACAACCGGGGCUGUACGUCCUUAAGAGAAGAGGACUCUGCCUCACUGAUUUCAGAAGUUUUAAGGAAAAAGUUUGUGUUGAAGGAAGAAGACACUGCUGCCUUGAACAGAAAGUAGUGCAGGAACAUAAACCUGCCGUUCAAUGUAAGCUAGGGCAAAUAAUCUUUUUUUUUUUUUGGUUGGAUUUAAAAAAAAACAACCUUUUUAUGAUUUUUUUUUUUUCCUGUGCUGUUUUGUUUAUUUUCAAAUCUUUGGAAUAAACCCAUCGGAACUUUACUCCUCUAGACCGAGGCAAUAGUUGUCCAUCACAGAUAAAACAACAUGAAGUGCACAGUGCAGGGUGAGCGAGAACAACCAACUCUUGAUAACAGAAGUGUGUUCUUCCGCCUUAGUUAUGACUGCACUUUUCCCUGAUGGAGAAAAGGCUUUAAAGUUCACUCUCCAUUUG